GUGGAGGAGAGAUUUAGAAAAACUAAUCAGGGCUCCCCUGAAGCACAGUCUAAGCAGAUGGGCAAAGUGUUGGAGCCACCAGUGCCUUCAAGAUCAGAGUCCUUUUCCAAUGGAAACUCAGAACCUGCUCAGCCUGCCCUGCAGAGGCCAAUGGAGCCCCAGGUACAGUGGUCCCAUCUGGCAUCUCUCAAGAACAAUGUUUCCCCUGUCUCGCGAUCCCAUUCCUUCAGUGACCCUUCUCCCAAAUUUGCUCAUCACCAUCUUCGUUCCCAGGACCCAUAUCCACCUUCACGCAGUGAAGUGCUAAGUCAGAGUUCUGACUCUAAGUCGGAGGUACCCGACCCCACCCAAAAGGCUUGGGCUAGAUCAGACAGUGACGAGGUGCCUCCAAGGGUACCUGUGAGAACAACGUCUCGAUCACCAGUCCUGUCCCGCCGUGAUUCUCCACUGCAGGGCAGUGGACAGCAAAAUAACCAAGCAGGUCAAAGAAACUCCACGAGCAAUAUAGAGCCUCGUCUGCUGUGGGAAAGGGUGGAGAAGCUCGUACCAAGACCGGGCAGUGGCAGUUCUUCAGGUUCAAGCAACUCUGGCUCACAGCCUGGCUCCCACCCUGGCUCUCAGAGUGGAUCUGGAGAACGGUUCCGGAUGAGAUCAUCAUCCAAAUCAGAGGGUUCGCCAUCGCAGCGUCAUGAAAGUGCACCUAAAAAGCCUGAAGAGAAAAAGGAAGUCUUCAGACCUAUCAAGCCCGCUGGAGAAGUGGAUUUAACUGCGUUGGCAAAGGAAUUGCGAGCGGUAGAGGAUGUGCGACCUCCACAUAAAGUGACGGAUUAUUCAUCCUCCAGUGAGGAGUCAGGGACGACAGAUGAGGAAGACGAUGACAUGGAACAAGAAGGAGCAGAUGAAUCUACUUCUGGACCAGAUGAUGUCCGAGCAGUGUCAACGUUGAACUUGAGCAAUGGUGAAACAGAGUCAGUGAAAACCAUGAUCGUCCAUGACGAUGUGGAGAGUGAACCUGCCUUGACGCCUUCUAAGGAGGGCACCUUAAUUGUCCGACAGAGUACAGUUGACAAAAAGCGUGCCAGCCAUCAUGAGAGCAAUGGCUUUGCCGGUCGCAUUCACCUCUUGCCAGAUCUCUUACAGCAAAGCCAUUCCUCCUCCACUUCCUCCACCUCCUCCUCCCCAUCCUCCAGCCAGCCGACACCCACCAUGUCCCCACAGACACCCCAGGACAAGCUAACUACUAAUGAGACUCAGUCCGCUAGUAACACACUCCAGAAACACAAAUCUUCCUCCUCCUUUACACCUUUUAUAGACCCCAGAUUACUACAGAUUUCUCCAUCUAGUGGGACAACUGUGACUUCUGUGGUAGGAUUUUCAAGUGAAGCAAUGAGAUCAGAGGCAAUAAGGCAAGACCCUACGCGGAAGGGAUCAGUUGUCAAUGUGAAUCCCACGAAUACACGGCCACAGAGUGAUACCCCAGAGAUCCGCAAAUACAAGAAGAGAUUCAAUUCGGAGAUACUGUGUGCUGCCUUAUGGGGAGUGAACUUGUUAGUGGGCACUGAAAGUGGUCUGAUGCUGCUAGACAGAAGUGGUCAGGGGAAGGUUUACCCACUUAUCAAUCGAAGACGAUUCCAGCAGAUGGAUGUGCUUGAAGGGCUGAAUGUCUUGGUGACAAUUUCUGGUAAGAAGAACAAGUUGCGAGUUUACUAUUUGUCCUGGUUAAGAAAUAAAAUCCUUCACAACGACCCUGAAGUAGAAAAGAAACAGGGCUGGACAACGGUGGGCGACUUGGAAGGCUGUGUGCACUAUAAAGUGGUAAAAUAUGAAAGAAUCAAGUUCUUGGUAAUUGCAUUGAAGAGUUCUGUGGAAGUCUAUGCAUGGGCACCAAAGCCAUACCAUAAAUUUAUGGCCUUUAAGUCAUUUGGAGAAUUGGUACAUAAGCCAUUGCUGGUGGAUCUAACCGUAGAAGAGGGUCAGAGACUAAAAGUGAUCUAUGGCUCCUGUGCUGGCUUCCAUGCUGUUGAUGUGGAUUCAGGAUCGGUCUAUGAUAUUUAUCUACCAACACAUAUCCAGAGCAGUAUCCAACCUCAUGCAAUCAUCAUUCUCCCAAACACGGAUGGGAUGGAGCUACUGGUCUGCUACGAGGAUGAAGGAGUUUACGUCAACACAUAUGGAAGGAUAACCAAGGACGUGGUUCUGCAGUGGGGAGAAAUGCCAACUUCAGUUGCGUACAUCCGAUCCAACCAGAUUAUGGGCUGGGGAGAAAAAGCUAUUGAAAUACGAUCGGUGGAAACUGGACACUUGGACGGUGUGUUCAUGCACAAAAGGGCACAAAGACUCAAGUUCUUAUGUGAACGCAAUGACAAGGUUUUCUUUGCCUCCGUACGGUCGGGCGGAAGCAGUCAAGUCUAUUUCAUGACCCUUGGCAGGACUUCUCUUCUGAGCUGGUAGAAGCAGUGGGAUUUGGCGAGGAAUUGCUGACAUCCAGAGUCUGAGAUCUUCAUAACUCGGAAUUAUUUUCAACUGGAGUACAGACCUGCACUAAUGCAGCACUCUGUGUAAAUGUGUGUGCAGGCAUCACUGGUGUUAGGUUUCUUUUUGUUUUUCAACUGAGGCUGCGACGCAGCUGGUGCUGUAAAGAUAUUGCCAUCAGGUGCUACGAUGUCUUUGAGAUUUGGGAUCAUGCUAGAAAGCUACAGGUCGUCUUUUCCCUUCAGCUCCAGGAUUCCUAGGCUUCGAAGGACUCUGUUUGUUAGUGUUAAAGCAGAGAGGGGGGAAAAA